AAACCCACGGUCACACUACGAACAACGCGCUGAGUGGAACGCGCUUGCAUUUUUAUGAAUUUUUGCGCAUAACCAGAUACUAAAGGCCAACAAAUUACGUGUUAAGUUGUUUAUACCGAUACGCCAAGUUUGUGUUUGAUUGUACGGCACAGCACGGAGCAGCCAACAGUUGGUUGUAUAUUUCAUGUGUCAGCCAAGGCGAGACAGCAACAAGUGGUGGCCUAGCGAUCAUCAAAGUAAAAGCCAGCAAUAAAAAGAAAAGUAAGCAAAGCAAAAGGAAAUCCCCACUUGGCAUACACCAAAUAUUUUGGGUGUACAACAAGUUGGCUAGUAAUUACCACGCAAAAGUGUGUUUUUUGUGUUUGAAGCGGUUUGCGCAGCUCAGCUCAGCUUAGCGCAAGCGUCAACGUCGGCGUCGACGCGUAUAAAACAAACAGAAAGCAGGCAGAAGCCGUUUGAUUGUGGCUGUGUGUGUGUUUGUGUGUGCGUUGGUGUGUUUAUGUGUGUGUCUGCGCCAAGCCAUUAUUUUUCUGUCUUAUGACGUAAACCUCCGAAAAAAUCAAAAGUGAGCAGCAGGCGACACAGAUAUAUAAUACAUAUAUAUAACGAAGAAUGUCUCGGCAUGAGAAGUCAAAGUCCACAGGCGGUGGCUUACUGGAGAGCCUGUUCGGACGACCAUCCAAAUCGAAAGGCAAUAGCUUCAACAGCGGCACUCUGACUCACGGCGGUCGACCCACCUCGCUGGAAAAUGACGGCGUGCUGGGUGGCGUCGAAGAUGUGGAGCAUUACAUACAGGAGCUUAGCGAGGCUCAAGUGGAUGCACAGUUCUUGGAAAUCAUCGAGGAUAUGAAUAUACCCAAGGACAAACGGGAACCGCUGCUGGCCAAGUCCAAGGAGGAGCGUCAAAAGAUGAUACUCUGGCAUCUAAAAGGCAAAAACUCACUGGAGCGGAAUACGCACUCGCGCUUCGAGAAGCCCAUCGACUAUGUGGAAUAUCUGCAGAAUGGCGAACACAGCGAGCACAAGGUCUACCAGUGCGUGGAAUCGCUGCGCGUGGCCCUCACCAGCAAUCCCAUUUCGUGGAUCAAGGAGUUCGGGGAGGCGGGCAUCGGACAGAUUGAACAGCUGCUGUCGAGAGCCAAGAAGGAUCGCACCUACGAUCGCAUCGAGUUCGAGGCGAUACGAUGCCUCAAGGCGAUCAUGAACAACACGUGGGGCCUCAAUGUGGUGCUGGUGCCGGAUCAGCAUAGCGUGGUGCUGCUGUUGGCACAGUCGCUGGAUCCCCGCAAGCCGCAGACCAUGUGCGAGGCACUCAAGCUACUCGCAUCCUUUUGCAUUGUCUACGAGCGCAAUGGCUACGAGAAAGUGCUCCGAGCCAUCACCACAAUAGCGGCGACAUCGUACAAGUCCAGCGAACGCUUUCGACCGAUUGUGGAUGCUCUCUUUGCCUCGGACAAACAGGAUCCCAAGCGAGAGCUGGCCUGCCACAGCCUGAUCUUUAUCAAUACGCUGACAAAUACGCCCACGGAUCUGAAUUUCCGCCUGCACUUGAGGUGUGAGAUUAUGCGCAUGGGGCUGUACGAUCGUUUGGAUGAGUUCAAGAAGAUCGUGGAGACGAGCAACAAUGAGGCGUUGCAGCAGCACUUUAAGAUCUUCAACGAGAUACGCGAGGAUGACUUUGAGGAGUUUGUGCAGCGCUUCGAUAAUGUCACCUUCAACAUGGACGAUGCUCAGGAUUGUUUCGAUGUGCUCAAGAACCUCAUCACGGACACAAACUCCGAGCCGUAUUUCCUCUCCAUUCUGCAGCAUUUGCUGUACAUUCGCGACGACUUUUACUUCCGACCUGCGUACUAUCAGUUGAUUGAGGAAUGCAUCUCACAGAUUGUCUUCCACAAGGGCUACUGCGACCCGAACUUUGCCAAUCGCGACUUUAACAUUGACACCUCGCUCCUGCUGGACGAUAUUGUGGAGAAGGCCAAGGCCAAGGAGUCGAAGCGUUCGGAGGAGUACGAGAAGAAAAUCGAGGAGCUGGAGAGCGCCAAGCAGGAGGCGGAGGCCAAGGCCGCGCAUCUCGAGGAGAAGGUCAAGCUGAUGGAGGCGAAUGGUGUGGCUGCUCCGUCGCCCAAUAAGCUGCCAAAGGUGAACAUACCCAUGGCACCGCCACCACCGGGCGGAGCAGGCGCACCACCACCGCCGCCGCCACCCAUGCCGGGACAAGCGGGUGGCCCGCCGCCACCACCGCCCAUGCCUGGCAUGGGUGGACCUCGCCCGCCACCACCUCCGCCUAUGCCAGGCAUGGGUGGUGGUCCACCUCCACCACCCAUGAUGCCUGGCAUGAUGCGUCCAGGAGGUCCACCGCCGCCACCCAUGAUGAUGGGGCCCAUGGUGCCCGUGCUGCCGCAUGGCCUGAAGCCCAAAAAGAAGUGGGACGUGAAGAACCCGAUGAAGCGCGCCAAUUGGAAGGCCAUUGUGCCCGCCAAGAUGUCCGAGAAGGCAUUCUGGGUCAAGUGCCAGGAGGAUAAGCUGGCACAAGAUGAUUUCCUGGCCGAACUGGCCAUGAAAUUCUCCUCAAAGCCGGUGAAAAAGGAGCAAAAGGAUGCGGUGGACAAGCCAACAACGUUGACCAAAAAGACGGUCGAUCUGCGCGUGCUCGACUCAAAGUCUGCGCAGAAUUUGGCUAUACUUUUGGGUGGCUCCCUCAAGCAUUUGUCCUAUGAGCAGAUUAAGAUUUGUUUGCUGCGCUGCGAUACGGCAAUACUUUCGUCAAAUAUUCUGCAGCAAUUGAUACAAUAUUUGCCGCCGCCAGAGCAGCUCAAGCGUUUGCAGGAGAUCAAGACAAAGGGUGAACCACUGCCGGCCAUUGAACAGUUUGCAGCGACAAUAGGUGAAAUCAAACGCCUGUCGCCGCGCCUGCACAAUCUCAACUUUAAGCUGACUUAUGCGGACAUGGUGACGGACAUCAAGCCCGACAUUGUGGCCGGCACCGCUGCCUGCGAGGAGAUGCGCAAUAGCAAAAAGUUCUCCAAAAUAUUGGAGCUCAUACUGCUGCUGGGCAACUACAUGAACUCGGGCUCCAAGAACGAGGCCGCCUUUGGCUUUGAGAUCAGUUACCUGACGAAGCUAACCAACACCAAGGAUGCGGAUAACAAGCAGACGCUGCUCCAUUAUCUGGCUGAUCUGGUGGAAAAGAAAUUCCCCGAUGCGCUCAACUUUUACAACGAUUUGUCGCAUGUGGAUCGGGCGUCGCGUGUGAAUAUGGAUGCCAUACAGAAGGCAAUGCGGCAAAUGAAUUCAGCGGUCAAGAAUCUGGAAACGGAUUUGCAGAACAACAAAGUGCCGCAAUGCGAUGAUGAUAAGUUCUGUGAGGUGAUGGGUAAAUUUGCCGAGGAAUGCAGACAGCAAGUCGAUGUGUUGGGCAAAAUGCAACUGCAAAUGGAGAAGCUAUACAAAGACCUGAGCGAGUACUAUGCCUUUGAUCCCAGCAAAUACACCAUGGAGGAGUUCUUCGCGGACAUCAAGACCUUCAAGGAUGCCUUCAAGUCCGCCCACAACGAUAAUGUGCGCGCGCGCGAGGAGCUCGAGAAGAAGCAACGCAUGCAGGAGGCACGCGAACAAUCGGCGCGCGAGCAAAUGGCGCGACAGCAGCAGAAGCGUGCGCUGGUCGAUAUGGAUGCGGCGCAGGCCCAGGAGGGCGUCAUGGACAGCCUGCUGGAGGCACUGCAAACGGGUUCGGCCUUUGGCCAGCGGAAUAGACAGGCGCGCAGACAACGACCGGCGGGUGCCGAACGGCGGGCACAACUCAGUCGCAGUCGAUCCCGGACGCGUGUGAAUAAUGGACAGCUAAUGACCCGCGAGAUGAUAUUGAAUGAGGUGCUCGGUUCGGCGUAGUUUUCCCUACUCCACUUACUCCUGCUCCACCUCCCCCUGUACAUAUAUAAAUAGACAUCUGUAGCGAUCUAAGGGCCUAAGACAUUAGCUAUGUACAUCUGUAUCUGUAUCCGUAUAUCCGUUUAUUUGUGUACAUAUCAAUUCGAUUGGCAUGUGUAUCGGUUAGUUUUUUGGCUAAAGCAAAACAAUUUGUACUGUAACAAAGCCGCAAAAGUACUAAUUAAGCUGGGCGGUAGCUGCGCUCGUUGGUCUAUGGCAUUGCUGAAAGUCCUAUCAAGUCACAAAAUGGAAACAUUUGUUCUACAUUAAACUAAGGUCUUAUGCUAGGUUUGAUUAUUUGAUUAUGAUGAACUGAAAUGUAAAGAAGUAUUCCAAAAGCAAAAAUUGUACUUAUAGCUAACAGAGAGAAUCUUAAAUUGUUUUUUGAAAUGUGAUCUGGAAGGCGUGAAAUGACCAUUAACUAUAAUGAAAAUAGUUCAUUUUCUGCUUUAAAAUGUAUAAAACGAAUCUAACACCUUUUUUAGGACUGUACUUUCAUUACUUUUCAAUCAAAUGUACAUUUUAAAUUGUUUCCAUAAAUUAUAUUUCGUCUCUUUUAUUCACACUUUAUUAUGGAAUUUAAAUAAUAUUGAAACAAAUAACUUAAAGCUCUUAAUUCCAUUUAAUUUACGUAUUUUAGAGGCAUAUUUUGUGUAGUAAACUUUUGGCUUCCAUAUUUGUCAAUCUAUAAAUGAAAUUUAGUUUUAAUUUUAAUUUUGUACAGUUUUUCAUUGUUAAUUGCCUUUUAUAUCCGUUUUAUAUUCAUUUUUUCUUUAAAUAUUACUAUAUUCGAA